UUCACUGGCCUCGGCCUCUCGAUGCCCGUAGUGGUUGGUCUCAAAGCUGCGUUUCCGAAUGUAAAGCAGGCGACGGACGCUCAACAUGAGUUUAUCCCUGCGGUGAUGUCUGGGAAGGAUGUGCUGUUGAAGGGCCGCACGGGCAGUGGAAAGUCGUUCGGGCUCGUUUUGGCGCUGCUCAGCAAACCCAAAAACCGCAAGUUCGCGUCCACGUCUAUCUUGCUCAUUGUUCCACAUCGGGAUCUAGCGUUCCAGUUUCUUCACUGGAUAGAACGAAUUGUCACCACGGCAGAUCCGUCGCUCUCCAUAUCCUCCGUUGCUCAGGCUCUCGUUCGGACCGCUUCGACGUCUGUGUCCGCUCAAUUGGCCAAAAUGCGAGAGACCCCGCCUCUCAUCCUCAUAGGGACGCCUCAAACUAUUCUAGACGCUUGGAACGAAGACAACGAAUCGAUUAAGCUACAAGAACUUUCUACCGUCGUAGUGGACGAAGUCGAUUACCUUAUUGACUACGUCCCCAGAGAAUCGUCUUCGGUCACCAAGCAAAAGGUCAAACUCAGGAUGAAGCGACAUCCAAAGCCGACCAAAGUUCUACUAGACACCAUCUACGCUCCCCGCAUUGGCACAUCGAAUACUUCCGAUGAGAAGAAAGGCCGACACAACAUAGUCCCGGGGACAGACUCACUGCCCCAGCUCGUGUUGUGUAGCGCGACGUUCCGUUCUGGGCUCAGACAACAGUUGUAUGGCAGCGGAUGGAUCAGGAAGGGACAGGGAAGCGUGAUCAAGGUUAGCGGAGAGGCUUCCGAGUUUGAUAAGGCGCUGUUCGACGACGCGUCGGCGGAUGGCGAGGGUUCUGUCCUUGGCGGGCGGAACGUCGCGCACUGCGCUCUGGUCAUUAACGCAGAUGGUGAUGUCAAGAAUAUUGAUGGGGCCGUCGGUGCCGUCGCUGUUGAACAGAGCGACUCUGAGAUCAAGCACGCGCUGCCGGUGGAUGAUCCUACCGCUCGGCUACCCGAGCUGCCUGAAGAGCUGAUGAUCAGUUAUUCGAUGACGCCGUCACCUUUCCAUCCCGCAAUCAUGGAAGCUGUUGCGGCUGCCUUCGCUGUCGAUGUCCCGCGCGUUGCGUUGCUCGUUCUGCCCGCGUCUGCGCCAUUGCAGCGUGCGGUGUAUGAUCUGCGCAUGCUCGGUGUGAACGCGCACGGGCUCGAUCUGGUUGCGGACGACCGCGGGCGCGGGCAUCUCCUUCGGGGCGCUGGUGACCGCGUCGAGGCGAACCCAACGCUGCUCGUGUCGACACUGGCGUCGACGCGAGGACUGGACCUGCCGGAUUUAUCGCACGUGUUCAUACUGGGGGUGCCCGAGGGCGAGCGGCGGGUCGACGCGUACCUGCACAUCGCCGGGCGGGUAGGCAGGUUCGGGCGCGGAGGGAAGGUGAUCAGCGUGUUGCGAGAGCGGCAUGACGAGGCCGGUAAGGACGGGAAGAAGGUGGUGGUGGACGAGCCGGGGCAGCUCGCGCGUCUGUUGAAGACGAUCGGGGUCGAGCCCACAAAAUACGAACACUUU